CUAUUUUUGUGUUGGUAGCUGUAUCAUCCUCUUCUUCUUCCUCAGCGUCAUCUUUUUCCCUCAACGCAAUGAGCGCCUGCAAAACCCUAGCCCGUUCAUCGUUCUCUUGUCUUGACUGCAAUCUACGAAACAACAUCUCGCGGAGAUUCUCUUCGGUCUCUAAUCGAUACCCCUGCUCAAUCCCUGCAAUUUGUUCUUCCAAUUUCUUCUCCUCCUCUAACCUCUCUCGAAAUAGAGGGUUUAUACAAUUCAAAACUUGCAAACGCAGAUGUUUCGGUUGCGUUGAUACAGCUCUUCCAGUUGAAACAAGUGAUUUCUCAGACGAAAUAGUGACACCAAACUUAACUCUUGAACCACUAGAGAACUCAUCGAAAGAUGCCGUGGAAGAAAUGCUAUCCAACAGGGAUGAUGUAUUGAGAUUGAUGAAAAUGGAACGCAGACCUGAAGUUUACAACAGCAGCCUCUUUGCUCAAACGAAGUGUUGGUUUCCAUAUCUCGAUGAGUUUAAGGCGGGGGGUACAGUUUUGAGUAGUAGUGAAGUGUUGGAAGCCAUGGAUCCUCAUAUAAUGGAGGCAAGGAAGGAAAGAUUUAGAAAUGUGGCAAAGAAACGGAGCUAUUCAAUCUGUUUGGUGGUUGAAGGUUUGUCUGAUUUUGGGAAUGUUUCGGCUGCAUUUCGGUCAGCAGACGCACUCGGGCUUCAAUCCGUUCACGUGAUUAAUCUCAACAACUCCAAAAGGUACAGAGAAAAUCGCAAUGUCAGCAUGGGAGCUGAGAAAUGGUUAGAUGUUGAACUUUGGAACUCUACCCAGGAUUGCUUUAAGGUUUUGAAAUCCCGUGGUUACCGCAUCGCUACAACACACCUUGGAAUGGAUGCGGUUUCAGUGUAUGAUAUGGAUUGGUCAUGCCCCACAGCAAUAGUUGUUGGAAACGAAAAUAGGGGGAUAAGUGACAAGGCUUUGGAGUUAUCAGAUAUGCGUUGUAGUAUUCCAAUGAGUGGGAUGGUGGAUUCCUUCAAUGUUUCAGUUGCAGCAGGGAUUCUUAUGCACCAUGCUGUUUGUGACAGAACAAACCGCCUGGGUCAUCAUGGUGAUCUAUCGAUGGAGGAGAGCCAAAUCCUACUGGCGGAGUUCUCUCUGCGUCACAGCCAAAGCGCAAUUAGCAUUGUUCAUGAGUACGCAAAGAGGAAGGUACCCAAGCCCUUGCCAAAGCUUUGAUAGAGACUGUAACUAUUUAACUCUGUGGACGGAAGAUCGUUCCAAGCAGUGUCUUUUGGAGAUCAUACAGUGGAUUUGACUUGGCUAUGGAUGUGGAAGGUGAUGGAUGCAGCCGGUGAACUGCACAAUUUUGUGUUGUCCAUUCAACGGACCAGGAAUUUUUUGUGCAAUCCAAUUGAGUACUGUUGGUUCAUAAUGCAAAUGGAGUGUUGUAUUUCUGAAUGUGCAAUUGGUUAUUUUCCACUCCGAAAGUAGUAACUUUGGCUAGACUUUUGGAAAACCUUGCCAUUGAAGAAGAGAUUAGAGAGAGAAACUGGCUUGUAAAAAUUCUUUGUUCACAAUAUUAGCAAUCUUCUGUGAUAGUGUAAUGAGAUGUAAUUUUGGUGAA